GCUUUACUCGAGCAGAGUGGAAUUCCUGGCAUUCCGCAAAUCUUCCAUUACAACUCUCGAGGCAAUUUGCGAGAUUCCGCCUUUUUGAUGCGGCAUUAUGUGACCGGAGCUACACUACAUGAGAUGGAACCCUGGCUCACUCCCCAGAAUCGGAAAGAUAUUGACCGGCGACUGGGAGUCUUAGCUCAAAAGAUUGGACAACAUGUGUCUGAUUCCUUUGGGACUCUGGAGCAGGUGGCCUGCGGCGCUGGGAGGCGAUCCUGGCGAGAGGCCUUUGUUAUCCUGUUUGAAAGCAUUCUCCGUGACUCAGAGGAUGUCUUCGUCAACCUUCCUUAUGCUGAGAUAAGGCACCAGCUUAGUCGGCUAUCACCAGCGCUUGAGGAAAUCACUUUGCCACGAUUAGUAGUCAUUGACUUUGGUCACCCUACGCAAGUGCUAGUAGAUCCCGAAUCCAAACAGUUAUCUGGCAUUGUGGACUUGGGCAAAACGCUAUGGGGUGAUGUCUACAUGGGUGAAAUAUUCGAAGAGCCAUCGUCUUCGAUGUUGGACGGCUUUGGAGGAUCGCAGAUGGUAGGAAGUGAGAUGGAGAAAAUAAGGCAGCUUUUGUAUGUGCCUCUGUCCUACAAGGAGUUUGGAAUAUGUAACACUGACUUUCCUUCUUUGUGACCACUUUUGACAGAUAUGCCUGCUAU